UUCAAGUCUACGUCGAACAGGUUAUGGUCAUGAGUAACCGAUUGUUGAAUGGGCGUGUGAAUCACCGAAAAUUGUUGAGUUCUCCUUUUUUUACAUAAACAAUCACCCCCAAACCGACGAAUCGUCAUCUCCCUCGAAAUAAGUGUCUCAAGAACAAUGGAGACGAUAAAAUCCCAGGAGGACAUCCUCGAGUGCUACCUCUACCCCAAAUCUUGUUACACAACCCCUGAAAUAAUUGACGAGGCACUUCUGAAUGAGGAGAUAAUCAAGUUCAAUCAGAUAAUAGAGCCUUACACUAAGAACUACAUGUGGCAUUAUGACUCCCUGGUGUUCCACCCCCGAACAAAGACCUCGCAGAUCUUGGAAAGUGUAAUUCAGGGUGAGCCAAGGCCCACAGACACCAGUCUCAUCCCCCACAUAGUCGCUAGACUGAGAUACGAUGAGGAUAUCGGUGACGAGUGGUUCACAGUUUUCCUGAUCUUCAACUUGACGGAGUCCUUGGAGGGACUGAUAGCACGACUGGUGGACUCUGACGGUGAAUUUUUGCUGAUCGAGGCAGCUGAUCACCUGCCACACUGGGCCGAGCCUGAAACCUGUCAGGAUCGUGUUUACGUGGCCAAUGGGGCUGUCCACGUGAUGAGGGAUGACAAGCUCAUGGUGCUGGAACGACUGAGGAGUCUCGCAAGAGGCCCUGACAAAUAUCUGCUGUCUGAGGCUGCACAGAUGGCCAUCAGAAAGCGAAUCAUUGUCUAUCCUGAUGAGGCUAACAGACGACGGCACAAGGCCAGGGCUUUUCUCCCUGAAAAAGCUGCCUCCAUUCUAGCUCAAGAGCCUGGACUCAUUGCUUUUGCCAUUCGCACGAUUGUCCAGUCAGAUCCCAUGGAGAGGAGGGUCUGCAGGGCCAUGAGGUACUUUCCACCUGAGCAGAGGACAAUGGUCAAUCUCAGGAUGACGAGGUGUCUGUACGCCAUGGCCACUCACUGUCGCUACACUGGAGAUCCCAGGACUGGUUGGAAUUUCCCACCGACAAACAGUCCCAAGUACAGUGCACAUUUGUUGGGGAUCAAGGUGGCCUGUGGCUUGGAAAUACUGGUGGCUAGGGCCAACGAGAGGAGGAAAAAACGUGAGGGGAAUGGCGGGCCUGGAGACGAUGACAAGUGGAGGGGAUAUCUGAGGAGGCUCGAGGACUGUGGCUACUUCAGGAGCAGUCUCCAGGGGAGUGAGGAGAGGGCGAGACUCGAGAGAGUCGCCAGGGAGUUUCUCGUCGAGAGGCCACUCGGUUUGGCUACUGAGCACAAGGAUGAUGACGCUGCUGAGAGGAUUCUCGAGGCUUGGAAGAGUGUCAAGACUGAGGAUUUCGAAAUGCUUGCUCAGGAUGAAGCGUCUUUGAGUCCUCCUGACGAUGACAGCUGGCUGAAUGUCGAUGCCCAGCAGCUGGAGUCCAUGUUGAACCAGCACUGGGGAGUGGAGAAGAAGAGCCAAGAACCCACGAGCAUCAAAGAGAAGAUCAAAGCAUUUCUGAAUCAGACUAGUGAAAUCGAGGGCGUUGAGUUCCCAGGAGAAGAAACUCGAGAGGACGAUCCUCGACACGAUUGUGAAGACGGUGGACGAAUUGAAUUCGACGCUGACGUCUACGACAGCACUCUCCGGGACAUAUUGGAUCUAGUGGUACCAGGGGGUGAUGGGGAGUUCGACGGUAGCUCGGAGGGCUCCCUCGAUGGUGACGACGACGAGAGGGCAGAGCAAAUGGAGAAAUACAUGAGAUUACUCGACUCCCAGCUUGAGUUGCAACUCAAGAAAGACGACACGAGUUUGUCCAGCAGAUUUAAAGACUCGACAGAGUCCAAUCUCGUGGAAAGUAUGGAGGAGGAGGCCGGUGGGGCUGGACCCGCUGGGAACAUCAUCGGUGGGCCUGUCAGACGCCUCAUGCAUCUUCAUCUUCAAUCACCAACUGCUGUCCCUCCUGAUCUACAGAGUUAAUGUCCAUGGAGUGGGGUUUACCCAUAAUUUCUUGGAUCCAUAAUUUCUUCAUCCAGCCAUGCUAAGCCUAGAUUUAAUGUCCAUUCUAUUCUUAAUGAUUUUUUGGGCGAAGUGAUUUUAUAGAAAAAUCGGGAAAUCAUUCUGAAGAAAUUUAUUGGCUGCCAGACCAGUCUUUGGCGAAUUUCCUUUGUCUCUGCGUUUGUUUUGUUAAUUGAAAUUUUACAGAGGAGUUUCCCAAUUUUUUCAUUCUUGUAAAAAUCUCGAUGAAACCGAGGAAAAUCUCAUCGACUUCACCAGAUUUUUCCAUAAAAUUUUCCUAUUCGUCCACGAGUUGGUUUCGACAGAAAAUUAACUCGAAAUGUCAAUGACUUAAACAUAGCCAGAACCUGCCUACUUCUAGGAGUACUUUUUGAUUUUAUAAUUAAGUGCGUUUGACGGAAAAUAUACUUACUAACUGUGGUGCGAAAAGAACUAUCAAGAAAUUUUUUUUUUCAAUUUUAUAUGCACAUUAAUAUUAUAAUUUUCGUAAUCAAGAUUUUUCCGUUCGUCGAUGUACGAUCGACUGGGAAAUUCAUCUCGAAAUUUUCCACGAGAUGUUUUCUACCAUAAAUUGGAUUUUUAAUGGGUGCUCUGACGAGAAAUCAAUUAUUAAAUAUUAUGGAAAAGAAAAAUAAUUAUUAAGAAAACGGAUUUUUUUAAUUUUAUACGCACAACAACAAAAUCUUAUGAUUUUUAUAAUCUGUAUUUUUGCAUUCAUCAGCAUAAAAUUCAUUCUGUAAUAUUCAUAUCUCAACAGUGCAUUUCGCGCAAUUAACUUUAUUACCAGAUAAUAAAUGGUUCGCUUAAGCCUCGAGCUUAUUUCGUAAAACCUCAAGUGACAAUGAUUCGGGGGUUUGUUAACUCAGAUUUGACUUAAAAAGGAAAUAGAAAAUAUCACUACGCAAUGAUUGGUUAUUUGAAUGCACGUUUGAACCACUUUGGUGCAUAACUCGAUGCACCACUUGCAUUAGCACCACUGCCACUGCUUCCAGGGCUUGGAUCGCCCAGGUUAUCGCGUGAACUGCUGUGACCAAUGUUAACGUUUGAAUCCUGGAGUGUUUGACUAUCGCUUCGAGUCGUCGUUAUCCUGAACAAUGAUAACAAUACGAUGAAUAAAUGAGAAUAUGAGGAUGAAGGUGGGGCUUUUUGAGUGAUUUUUUUACCUGGAUUUUAUGGCCUGAACACUCGCAAUUUUUGGAUCCACCAGCUUGUUCCUCAGCUCUGGCUUGAGGCCAGACACUCCCGAAUAGUAAAUUAUGGCUGAUGGCACAAGACCCUCGUCGAUCAGACGAUGCGACGAAGACAGAUUCUUCUUUGGAGGCGUUACAU